AUGAAAUGUUUCGUACAGUUAUUGACAUUAGUAUUGGCUCUUGUUCAUAGAUGUUACGCAGAAUACUGGACCUGUGAUACCGGUGUCGCUCUAUUCACUUUCGACUAUACUCCUCUUGGUCUUGGUUCUUACUCCUACCUUUACGAUGCUAUCUGUGGGUACCCACCAGCAGUUGGAUCAAUUUUGAUUUGCUCGGUCGAACUUUCCUAUGAUAAGAGUGAAGCAUACCAAGAGAAGAUUUUCAAGACCGCCAAGAAAUCUUGCGAUAAGUAUAGCUCGUACCACUAUCAUUGGACUUACUACAAGGAGCAAUAUGAGAACGCAACCAAAUAUUAUCAACCACUGGAUCAAAUAUCUAAUAUUUCGCUUCCAAUUUACGCUCCGACUACUCCAAACUUGACAUCCCUCGAACUCGAAUACAAGGGUUACAGAGGUUACUACUUUGACCUCGAUUCAGGUACUUGGUUCAGUGUUGGUAUCUGUGGUUAUUUCUUGCUGUUGAUUGUAAUCAGUGCAAUCCACAACUUUUUCAGAGCAACGGGUAUCUCUAGCUCGAUCAACAACUCUAAGUUUUCCAAGUUGUGCCAGAAGUACGUUAUUUUCCCAACAUUACUUCCAAAUGGUAAGUUUGCUCAAGAGUACGGCUGGACUUAUUUUUCUGGCUUGUUCCCAAACAGGAUCCAAUUUAUUACAGAUGUUUUCCUUUUCGGUUUGCAGAUUGCCUUCUAUUGUGUCAGCUAUGAAUAUAAAGGUACCUGGUGGUUUGGCUCCCCUGAUCACGCAUGGCAAAGAUUUGUUGCAGAUCGUACAGGUAUCAUGGCAUUUGGUAAGAUUCCAUUAUUAAUCUUAUUUGCAGGUAGAAACAACUUUUUACUUUACAUCACUGGUUGGUCUUACUCUACUUUCCUCCAUUUCCACAAAGUUGUGGCCUUGGCUUAUACCAUCAAUUCCUUGGGAUACUAUGUCGUAUACCUUCAUGAUCCUUACUUUGCUUGUGGUGUUGCUGCAACUGUAAUUUGUGGUGUCAUUCUUCUACAAGCAAUGCAUCCUUUCAGAAAAUUCUUUUACGAAUAUUUCUUAACUAUUCACGUUGUAUUGGCAAUUUGUUUCAUCAUUAUGUGCUGGUACCACUGUAGAGCAUUGGGUUGGUUAGAGUGGUUAAUUGCAUCAUGUUGUGUUUGGUUCUUAGACAGACUGAUUCGUGUCAUUCGUAUGUCUGCGUUCGGUUGGAGAACUGCAACUGUGACAGCAGUCGAUGAACAAAUAAUGAAAGUAGAAGUUCCAAAACCAGCUUGGUGGUUCCACAGUCCAGGAAAUUAUUCUUACAUUUAUUUUGCAGGCUGGAUCUUCUGGGAAAACCAUCCUUUUACCACCGUUCUUGAAGGUAACAACCUUUGUGCGUACAUCAGAGUAAAGAGAGGUGUUACCUACAGAAUGUGGAAUAAGCUGGUUGCAAACAACAACAAGCUCCAGUGUAAAGUUUGUCUUGAAGGCCCCUACGGAGGUGGUGGAUCACCUAAAUUGAGCAAGUAUGAAGAAUCAUUAUUAGUUGCCGGUGGUUCAGGUGCCCCUGGUAUCCUUGAAAAUGCUGCUAAGGCAACCAAGGGUAAGAUGAUCUGGGUUGCUCAAAGCUUGCAAACGGUCAAGGCAUACCAGCCUCUUCUUGAAAAAGUUAACAUUGAAAUUGACCUCUACCUCACCAAGCAAGAUGGUUCUAACAGAGCAUGUACAGUUCAAGACUUAUUCAGUGGUUCAGAAUCCGAAAACUUAAGUACUGAAAGUUCCGGAAAAGAAUCUGACAGCGACAAAAAUGUCGAACUCAAGGGGGAUCAUCUCAGCAACAUUACUAUAAAUUACGGAAGACCAAACCUUCACGAACUUAUCAAUGCUUCUGUUAGAGAUUCAAGCUCAAAGAGCAUAGGUAUUAUGGCUUGUGGACCACCGGUGAUGAUGGAUGACAUUAGAAACACUAUUACAGAAAAUGUUACCACCUGGGAUAAGAGUGUCGACUUCUUUGACGAGUUCCAAAUCUGGUGA